AUGCUGUUUGCCUUGCAUGCUGAGGAACUCGACGUGGAAAUGUCAACUAAGUGCCCUGAAGUGGGUUCAUGGUACAGCCUUGCGCAUGAGUAUGAUUGCACAAAAUACUAUUCAUGUGUUGGAGGACGAAAGAUACCCCGUCAGUGUCCGUAUAAAGAUGCCGCAGGAAAUCGUCUGUAUUUCAAUGAAAAAAAACAAGUGUGUGAUUGGCCAGCCAAUUCAGGCUGUAUAAAUAAAGACAUUACAACACAUAGAAUGGCUUCAGACCCAGUUACCACGGAAGUGGAAGAAAUUACCUCGCAUCCAAACGUAUCAAACUUAUGCCCCCCUAAUGGCUCGAAGAACGGAGAGUUUUACCGCCAUGAAUUAAGUUGUGAAAAAUACUACAUCUGCUUCGAUACCAAAUUAACCCUUCAUAAAUGUUCACGAGGUGAACACUUCAAUCUACAACGUCACACAUGUGAUAAACCUGAAAACGUCAACUGUUCGAUACCGCCAGUGACAAUUGAGCCACCAGGUACCAGUUCUACUGAAUCAUCAGUACCAACUGAGUCUUCUCCUGAAACACCAGUUACCAGUCCUAGUGAAUCAUCAUCAACUGAGCAUCCUUCUUCGACAUCGGCUACAGUUCCUACACAAUCUCCAUCAACUGAGCCUUCGUCUGAAACAACAAGCACCAGUCCUAGUGAAUCAUCAACUGAGCAUCCUUCUUCGACCUCGGCCACCGAUUCUACACAAACUCCAUCAACUGAGUCUUCGUCCGACAUACCGCAUACCAUUUCUGAAUCGUCAUCAACUGAGUCAUCUCCUGGGACGCCAAGUAUAAGUUCUGCUGAAUCGUCAACAUCAACUGAAUCGGCUCCUGAGACACCUAAUAUCAGUCCUAGUGAAUCAUCAUCAACUGAGAAUCCUUUUUCGCCACCUGUUACCGAUUCUACGGAAACUCCAUCAGCAACUGAGUCUUCUACUGAAAUACCGAAUACCAUUCCUACUGAAUGUCCCAAAGAAGAUUCUGAUAAACCUGUUCAAAUCCCUCAUCGAAGGAAUUGUUCUUUAUAUUACGAAUGUGUCAAAGGAGAAAAAGUCCUAAAAGAGUGCGGAAUUGGAUUGCAUUUUAAUCCAAUUUUGCAGGGGUGUGACUGGCCAACAAUGGCGAAGUGUGUUCCAAAAAUCAAUGCAUGUCCCGACCAUGGAAAAAUCGCGAUUCCUCAUGAAACCGACUGCUCUCGUUACUACGCAUGUGAUAAUGGGAGGCAAUUAUUGGAAAGCUGUGUGGCAGGACUCGCAUUCAGUCCAAACCUCAGUAUCUGUGUUUGGGCAGAAGACAUCGGCUGCACCGCUGUGGUGACAAGUGAUGGUUUCGACGAAUUAGUAAAAUCAUACGACCUUGCGUCACUUGAGCUUGAAUUAUAUCAGCUUGAUUCAUAUGAUUUUAAAUCUUACGAUUCCUUGGAUGAAAAAUCAGAAGAUGAUCCCUGGAGAUGCAACGGGGGUUGUCUCCAGGAAAAUUAAGCUGACGUUCGGUUUCCCCACGAAAAACGCACCUAAUUCUACAAAUGUUCCAAUGAAAAAUAUCUGCA